CCGCCGCCGCCGCUGCCGCCGCCGCCGCCGCCGCUGCCGCCGCCGCCGCCGCCGCCAGCCGCUGCGCGUUCGGCGGGGGAGGAGCCGGAGGCGGAGAAGAAGGCGGUGGUGGCGGGUGGAGGGUCGGGCGCCGCUCUCGCUCCGGAGCCGCCGCGCGUCUCGGCAUCUUUUGCAGCUCAUCCCUUGUAUGAGUUAACCCCGAACCCCAGCCAGUGUUCUACUGAAGUAGGCACAGAGAAAUUGCCAUCCAUGUCUCAGUACACUGAGAAAGAGCCAUCAGUGAUGGAUCAAGACUCCAGCAAGGGCGCUUGGCCCAAGCCAGCAGGAGGCUAUCAGACAAUUACAGGCAGGCGAUACGGAAGGAGACACGCAUAUGUCAGUUUUAAACCAUGUAUGACCAGGCAUGAAAGAAACUUAGGUCGGGCAUUUGAUGACUAUGAAGUAUUGGAGCUUGAUGAUGUUCCAAAGGAAAAUUCCUCAGGUCCCAGUUCAUUGGAUCAAGUUCCUUCUGCCUUAUCUGAUGAACCUGUAUUUGAAAAUAGUGAAACAGGAACUCCCACUUGCGGUACAGCAUUGAACCAAAUUGUUGAGAACAAUUCAUCCUUUGCUACAGAACAUCAUAGUCAGGAAGGCAAGGAGACCUUAGGAAGCAGUAUGAAUCUUCAUAAUCACUCUGAGACAGCAAAUAUCCCAGCAGCUUGUAAUGUCUCAAAUGCCCAAAAUGGAGUUGCGUUGGUUUAUACUGACUCUUAUGGUCCAGAUGGCAACCAUGGAGAGGAUACUGACUGUCUUCAACUUUCUGCGGAAGUUGUGGAAAGUAGUGGAUACCAGGAAGCAUUAGGCAGCACAGCAAUGGGGCUGGACAAUGGCGAGGCAGAAGUGUACACUGGUAUUUCACUGCCAGUUCCUGCUUUUAACUGUGAGAUAAGAGAGGAAUUCGAAGAGUUAGAUUGCACUCCUUCAAUGAAUAGUUCUACUGAUGAUGCUGAGUUUAUCCAUCAGAGCAAACAGUCCUCUCCUGAAGAUGAAUUGGUUAGAAAGAAACAAGAUAAUAUUGACCAUCAGGAAAAACAGACAGAAAAUUCUCCUGCAGAUGCAGCCUGUGUUCCAGGGCAUAUCUGUAGUGAACAAAAUGCAGGUGAUAGGGACAGCAACUGCAGAAGUUCUCCUGAGCAGGUAGUAAGGCCAAAAGUUAGGAAAGUGAUCAGUUCAAGCCAGGUGGACCAGGAAAUAGGUCUUAACAGGCAUGAGGCUAAGCAAAGAAGUGUGCAGAGAUGGAGGGAGGCUUUGGAAGUUGAGGAAUGCAGCGGGGAUGAUUCCUUAAUAAAGUGUGAAGAGUUUGAUGCAGAACAUGAAUGCAUGUUUUUGAAUCCGCCUUACUCAAGAGUUACAGCACGGGAACUGGAGCACAGCCGUGUAACACGAGGAAGUGGAGCCGCAGGGGGAAGGCAAGGGGCCCGGGAUACCAGCUUUUGGAAUGGCUGUGGAGAUUAUUACCAACUCUAUGACAAAGAUGAUGACAGUUCGGAAUGCAGCGAUGGGGAAUGGUCUGCCUCUUUGCCUCAUCGGUUUUCUGGAACAGACAAAGAUCAGUCCUCAAGUGAUGAGAGCUGGGAGACACUGCCAGGAAAAGACGAGAAUGAACCUGAGGUACAGAGUGAGAGCAGUGGUCCCGAAGAAGAAAACCAGGAGUUAUCUCUUCAGGAAGGAGAGCAUACAUCCUUGGAGGAGGGAGAAAUCCCGUGGUUACAGUACAACGAAGUCAAUGAAAGCAGCAGCGAUGAAGGGAAUGAGCCUGCCAAUGAAUUUGCGCAGCCAGAAGCUUUCAUGCUGGAUGGCAACAACAACCUUGAGGAUGACUCCAGCGUGAGUGAAGACUUGGAUGUGGACUGGAGCCUCUUUGAUGGCUUUGCGGAUGGACUGGGAGUUGCCGAAGCUAUUUCCUAUGUGGACCCUCAGUUCCUCACCUACAUGGCGCUGGAAGAACGCUUAGCCCAGGCUAUGGAGACUGCACUGGCACACUUAGAGUCUCUUGCUGUGGAUGUGGAAGUGGCCAAUCCCCCAGCCAGUAAGGAGAGCAUUGAUGGGCUUCCGGAGACCCUGGUUCUUGAAGACCACACUGCUAUUGGCCAGGAGCAGUGCUGCCCCAUCUGCUGCAGUGAGUAUAUUAAAGACGACAUCGCGACCGAGCUGCCCUGCCACCAUUUCUUUCACAAGCCGUGUGUCUCAAUUUGGCUACAGAAGUCGGGAACGUGCCCUGUGUGCCGCCGUCAUUUCCCACCGGCUGUGAUUGACCCGUCUGCGGCCGCCUCCUCGGAGCCCGACGCCGACGCCCCGCCUUCCAACGGCACGCCUGCAGGAGCCCCCUAAAUCCACACGCUGCCAUGAGAUCAGUCUAUCAAAGUAAAUCUGCAAAUCCCUCCUAAGUCUGAUGUGCAAAUAAUUAUAUAUAAAUAUAUUUAAAAGGCUCUAGAUAGGAUAGGCCGUAGUUUAGAAAGCGGGCGUUAGCCUUUCUAAACUGAGGCGAGGUUUGCAGAACGUACUCCACCCUUGGAAGCUGAACGUUGAAGCCGUGCAUCCGGUUCCUUAGUUGACCCUGUCGGUGUUAAGUGUAAAGUCAGGCUUUCAGUCAACGCUCUCCAAAAGAAGUCGUCAUCUGUGUGGCACCUGUUCCCGGUUUUGUCUAAAGUACGCCACUAAGAGAUUAUAAGUAAGCUCUCCUAUUCGCAUCAAAUGUGAGCCGUGAUCACAAUAGUAGAAUUUGGUUUCAUUUGGAAAUAAGAUGAAUUCUAAAGCAUGCUUUUGCACUGAUCACUUUGCUUUUGCUAAAUUGAAACCUCUUAGUUUACAAUACUGAGACGUUUUUUAGGAAAUUAUCUAUACUACUGUCUUGGUUCAAAAUACGGACUUCUUAAAGUGCCCAGCAAAGGGCUGAAAUUUGGCCAAAAUAGAACAAAAAUUUAAACCUUAGAUGUAACCCCCUGAAGUGGUUAGGUAUUCAAAUAAAUUUUUCAGUAAACAGUGGAUGUGCUUAAAAUAAGGUCAGUGAGGCAUAAGAAGAAUUUGAUACUCAGUGCUUGGUACAAUGAGAUGAAUUAGAUGGCCUUACAGAAGUCUCUCCAGUGCUUAUCCAACUGUUUCUACUCGGUAGAAGUUAUACUUGAAGGUUCAGAACACUCUUCCUAGCACAUUUGUUUAAUGAGUAUUAGAUAGUUUGUUUCAGGUAAUUUUGGUUCUAAAAUAUUUCAGAAGGUCUGAAAAUUUGCAUAGGGUCACAUUUAUAAAUAUAUAACUCCCAGUGAAAAUGAAAUGGCUCCUCCUGUAGGUGAUCACGUACAGUAGUAAAGUUUGCAUACACACAGGCAUAGUAAUUAACUUAGAGGUGUGAUUUGCUCUGAACACUAGAGAACAAUGGCUUUUAGAAUAUCACAGUUGAGCAAGUGAAAUAGUAAAGCACACGAGGAGCGUACAUCCAUUCAAGUGGCUCACUGAAAUUUAGUUUGGAGAAUAUUUAUGUGACUUCCCAAAUGCAGAAUUACAUUUAUUUGUGUAAUUUCUCUGAAUAUUUAUAUUCUGCCUCUUUUCUCCAGUCUUAAAAUUAAAUGAAUUUUCACUGUUGGUACAUCUGAGGCUCUUACAAGUAUAAGGAACAUAACACUUGCAUUCUAAUUUUUGCAUAUAUUGUAAAUGUGUCUGGUAUUUACAGCAAAAUACUGUAUCCUUUUAUGGGUAAAACAAAAAUGAGCAAUGCAUGCGUGAAAUGUGGUGAAUUUAUAAUUUAGGGGUUCUUUGGGGCUUCUGUGACUUUGGAAAUGCUUACAUUCAGGCCUUAAUGUUGCAUUAGCUAGCAUGUUCUCCUUCUGAUGUAUAUAGUCACUGUUACAUAAACAAAUCUCUGCUUGUUUUCUACUCUGAUCUUUCCAUGCCAUAUUUCAUUGAUGAUCAGUUAGUGUCAAGGAGUCAAAUCAGAUUGCAAUUAAUUCUCAUGUGGAAAUUUGUGGCUAGUGUGAUUUUUGUUGUUUCUUUUUUUUUUCAAUUAGUGUUAAUCGGUUGUAACACUUACUGGUUAAACCUUAAUUGCUACAGAUUUCUCUGUAAUAAGCUAUAUAUUAUAUUUAGGCAGUAUAUCCUCUAGAUAGCAGCUGUCCCAAAGAAAAUAUUUCUUCUUUGUCUAUUAAGAUUUAGCUGUUAUCUGCCAGCUAAGAGGUUUUUUUAAAUUCCAAAUUCAACCAGCAGUGUUGAGCUAAACGUCAGAGCUGUUGUUCUUUUUCCUCCAUCUGUUACUGUCCUUUAUUGUUGGCUCCUUACCUUUAGACAGCUGCUAUGCAGGAGAAAAGUUGAAUGAGAGUUGGGUUAAUUUUUAUUAAAAGAGUACAGAAAUUUUAGGAAUUUAUGGAAAUAAGCCAGUAGAAGCUGAGGCUGAUAAGUUCAGGCCCCAAAAUAUUAUUUGAUCUUAUCUUGGAUCCUUUUGAAAAAGUUAUGAAUAUAUGAAGGUAUAUUAGAAAUAGGUAUGAAUAUUAAUAAAAUAUUGUUUAUCUUAUUUCUCUAUGUUGUGACUUAAUCUAAUAAUUUUAUUUUUUGAACAUUUUCUUAUUUCUUGUAAUAUGAAUGCUGAUAUUUAAGUUAGAUUCCUGUAGUUUUCUUUUGUGUUUCAUAAUUGUUUAUCACAAAGCUAACUCUUAAGAUUAUUUGUGAUCUGGAUUUAUAUAUAAGCUGUUAAAUAUAUAUGAACUGUUAAAAUGGAAUGCAAGUUUUUCAAAAGCCCAGGUCUAAAUGUAAUAAUUGGUUUAUUGUUCUACAUCCCCAGCCCAUCAUUUUCUGUGUAAAUCAUAAACAAUAAACAGGAUAUACUCAGUG